AUGAGGAACUGCAUCCUCAAGGACAAGGCCGAGAAAAAUCGCCAGUCCUUCAUAGACUCUCUCGACAUUGAAGUAAUCUGUCGUGUCGCCUCAUCCUAUCAUGGAGGCGUUCCUUGCACGACUUUCGGUUCCCCCAAACAUGGUUCCUUCAAUGUCUGCGUCUUUGUUGAGUUUGAGACAUCUUCUCCAGAGAGAUGGGCUGUCCGGAUGCCCAUCCCGGCACGCGCUGCUUUGAUUGAUGAAAGAAUUGAAACUGAGCUGGCUACCAUGAAAUAUGUCGCGGUCAAGACAACUAUCCCCGUGCCACGUGUGCACGCCUACUCCUUCACCGAGGACAGUCCCAUCCAGACGGCAUUUAUUAUGAUGGACUAUGUUGAAGGGCACACUCUUAAGGACCUUGGCUUCAAGAAGGGGAAGAAGUGGCGUACCUACACCGGGCCAACCGAGGCAACAGCCAAGCUUCACGAGCAGCUGGCUGACGUCUAUGUCCAACUCCGCAAGCUUGAAUUCCCCGAGAUUGGCGCCCUUGGUCUCCCCGUCAUCGAGGGAAAGCCCUCGUACAAUUGCGACGCGGACGACAUCCAGAUACGCCACAGGCCAAUUUCGAUAGAGAUGAUGAUGCAGGAGCUUGAAGGGAUGGACCCCUGUACUAGGAUCAAGCCGCACAUGACUUUUUCGACAGCCAGAAGCUUCGUUGAUGCCUUAUUCUGGCUGGCAGAGAAUGAAUUCGACAGAUCUCCCGAUCCAGGGUUCGACAUCCGUGGGCAACGGAAUACCCUCUACGCCAGACAUCAUUUCCCCAAUCUUGUCCGCCAUGACUGGCUUGACUCGGCAGCCGAUAAUGGGCCAUUUGUGCUCACGCAUGGAGACCUCCUCAUGCAGAUGAGCAACCUGCUAUUUGAUAACGAGCUCAACCUUGUUGCCGUGCUGGAUUGGGAAUGGAGCUUCGCUGUCCCGGCCCAGAUGCUAGUCCCGCCUGUCUGGCUAAGCGGUGGCGACCCAAAAUGGAUGCUUCUCGGCACGAAUCUAUUCUAUAACGAAGUUGGCCGUCUCGUCACCGCUAUCCGAGACCGAGAGCAAGCGCUCCAGGUCCCUCCACGGCUCUCGCAGGCAUGGGCUAAAUCAGAAGCGUGGUGCCAUACCGCCAUAGUGGUUGCCCUUUUGUGCCCAGACCUGACCUACGACGUCUACUGGGACUUUGUAUUCUAUGAGACUGAAGAGCCGAGGCCGGAAGACCCCAAUUUUGAUUUUAGAGCCUUUUACAUGAGAGCCAUUCAUCCUCGCCUGACGGCCUUCAUGGAGACCCCAGAGCGCAAAGCUUUGCUCGCGCGCAAGGAGGAGGAGCAGAUGCGCUUUUUUCAGGAUGAGAAAGAGUACUUUAGAAAGCCGUUCGCAAGACAGAUAGCGGGAGAGGGUUUGUAA